AUGUCUCAUGAUGCUGUCAGUUCCGAACCCGUGGCAAUUGCAUAUGCUGCUCAGAGCAGAGGAAAGGGUCAUGAUAUGCGACAAGUCGAAUGUUUUUCUUGCAAACAAUUUGGACAUAUUGCUUGCAGCUGCAGUAAGAAGUUUUGCAACUAUUGCAAACAACAGGGUCAUAUCAUCUCUGACUGUCCUACGCGUCCUCCCCGACCAGCACAACGUCCAGCCCAAGCAUUCCAUGCCACUACCAACUCUACAGUUGGUCCUCUCAGUACUGGUGCAUCUAAUGGCGGUGUUAUACAACCUGAAAUGAUUUAA